AUGAUUAGGACAGGUAAAAAUCGAGUAGCUAAAUCCCUUCUAUAUGAUUUACGCCAGAGUGUCUCAACCUGGUCAACUCCGUUGGCCACUGCGUUUAAUUCACCACCGUAUAAUAAAAUAAACUUUACGCGAAAUGAAUCGGGGCUAUUUCGUUUACCGGAAUUGCGAUCCUUUGAAGGGUUCUAUCUUUUGCGUGAUAAUGUAGCAAAUAAAACGGACGAGUUGAUAACCGAAGCUAUUUCAAAGAAUCGGGAUAGAAAAAUGGUUGAAAUUUUUGAUGAACUAUCCGAUUCUUUGUGUAAAGUAGCUGAUUUAGCAGAAUUUAUACGAAUCGCACAUCCCAAAAACAAAUAUUGCCAGGCAGCUGAAGAUGCGUGUAUUACAAUAAGCCGAAUAGUGGAAAAUUUAAAUACCCAUAAACCCUUGUAUAUGGCGUUACGCAAUGUUGUAGAUAAUGGCGAUUAUGUACCCACAACCGAUGUGGAUAAACAUGUAUCAAAUUUAUUCCUAUUUGAUUUUGAGCAGUCGGGCAUUCAUUUGCCGGAAGAGCAGAGGCAAAAAGUUGUACGUCUAAAUGAAUAUAUUUUGCAAUUGGGACAAAAAUUUAUGGCCGGUGCAGUGCAGCCUUCUAUUAUAAGGCGUACUGAAGUACCCUCAUCAGUUCGUAGUUAUUUUCCCUCGGAGGGUGACAACGUACUUGUUUCCGGCUUGUACACAAACUCGUCAUCUGCUGAGGCCCGAGAAGCUGCUUACCGGUUAUUUCUGAAGCCGUCGGAACAGCAGGAUCAACUACUUAAAGAUUUGCUCAUGUGCCGCCACGAACUCGCCCGAACUUGUGGAUUUGAGACUUAUGGCCAUCGUGCCCUUAAUGCGAGUACUGUGGAGCAUCCAAGGAUGGUUCGAGAAUUUCUUGAUGAAUUGUCCCAUGGUCUUCGCUCUCGAGCCGAUGCUGAUUUUCGAAUAAUGGAAAAGAUGAAGCGGCAGCAUAGCGGUAUCGAAACCGCGCGUCUAGCUGCUUGGGAUCCCCCUUAUUUUACAUCUUUGAUGGAACGUAAAUCUUUAAAAGCGAACACAAGUGAGUUUUUGCCUUACUUCAGUUUGGGUGGUUGUAUGGAGGGAAUAGAUAACUUAAUGCGCUCAUUAUAUGGAAUAUCAUUAAAAAAUACUGAAAUGGAACCUGGAGAGGCAUGGAAUAAUGAUAUUUAUAAAAUAUCUGUUAUGCAUGAAACAGAAGGUUUACUUGGAUACAUUUAUUGUGAUUUUUUCGAGCGCAAUGGAAAACCGAAUCAAGAUUGUCACUUCACUAUACAAGGUGGAAAAACCUUAACCGAUGGUACUUAUCAAAUGCCAAUAGUUGUAGUGAUGUUAAAUCUUUCUCAACCACAUUGGACUGGCCCAGUACUUUUGUCUCCAUCACGUGUCGAUAAUCUCUUUCAUGAAAUGGGGCAUGCUAUGCAUUCGAUGUUAGCUCGUACGAAAUAUCAACAUGUAACUGGUACACGUUGUAGUACAGAUUUCGCCGAGGUUCCAUCAGUAUUGAUGGAAUAUUUUGCAAAUGAUCCGCGUGUUCUUCGCACGUUUGCACGCCAUUUUCAGACGCAAAAACCAAUUUCUGAUGAUAUGCUCCAAAGAUUAUGUGCCUCGAAAAGGCUUUUCUCCGCCAGUGAAACACAGCUUCAGGUAUUCUAUUCUGCACUUGAUCAUGAAUAUCACAGUGGACCAGUGCCGCGUAAUGGAAGUACAACCGACACUUUGGUAGAUGUACAAACAAAAUACUAUAGUUUACCAUAUGUAGAAAAUACAGCUUGGCAGCUUCGAUUUUCUCAUUUGGUAGGUUAUGGCGCAAAGUACUAUUCCUAUUUGAUAUCGAAAACAAUCGCCUCCUGGAUUUGGCAAACAUAUUUCGAGGACAACCCGCUUAAUCGUGAAUCAGGUGAAAAAUACCGUCGGGAAAUUUUGGCCCAUGGUGGAGGCAUACCUUCCAAACAACUCGUCACUAAUUUUUUAAAUAGAAAUAUGACACCUCAAAUCCUUGCACAAAGCUUACUACAUGAGAUCGACGCGAAUAAUGAAAUUGUACAAGACAUUAGCAAAAGUGUACUAAGUACAGAAUCGUAAUUUGUUAAAAUUUAAUUGCAAUAUUUUUCUUGUCAUAUUUAAGUCUUCACAAUUUUACUAUUUAUUUUAUUUAAGCAUCUUUGAAACAAAUCAAUGGCAAAGAUAGUUGAGGUUAUUAAAUAAAAAAAUGUUAAGCACAUUUGAAAAAA